CGCUCUACUUCGCUUCCGGCUCUCUGCGGCUCUCCCCAGUGAGGGCGGCUCCCUGCGCUGGGAGGAAGCGCGGCGGCCUCAUGGCGGCGGUGGACAUCCGAGAUAACCUCCUAGGGAUUUCUUGGGUUGACAGUUCCUGGAUUCCAAUAUUAAACAAUGGAAGCGUGCUGGACUACUUCUCGGAGCGGAGUAAUCCAUUCUAUGACCGGACAUGUAACAAUGAAGUAGUCAAAAUGCAACGGCUGACAUUGGAGCACUUGAAUCAAAUGAUUGGAGUGGAGUAUAUCCUCCUUCAUGCUCAAGAGCCCAUUCUCUUCAUUAUUCGAAAGCAGCAAAGACAGUCUCCUACACAAGUUAUCCCACUAGCCGAUUACUACAUCAUUGCGGGCGUGAUUUAUCAGGCACCUGACUUGGGGUCUGUCAUAAACUCCAGAGUGCUCACUGCAGUGCAUGGAAUUCAGUCUGCUUUUGAAGAAGCCAUGUCUUACUGCCGAUAUCACCCUUCCAAAGGCUACUGGUGGCAUUUCAAAGAUCAGGAAGAACGAGAUAAAGCCAAGCCAAAGGCCAAGAAGAAAGAAGAACCAAGUUCUAUUUUCCAGAGGCAGAGGGUGGAUGCUUUGCUUCUUGACCUGAGACAAAAGUUUCCACCCAGAUUUGUUCAGCAAAAACCUGGAGAAAAGCCUGUCCCAAUGGAUCAGAUCAAGAAGGAGCCAGAACCAGCCCCUGAAGCCAUAAAGACAGAGGAGAAAGAGACUGCAAAGAAUACCCAGCAGAGUGCUGGCACCAAAGGGCCCCCGGAGAAACGGAUGAGACUCCAGUGAAGGGAGGGCCAGUUCCUUCCUAGGGGAUUCAAUAUGUGGGGAAGAAUUUGCAAGAGGCUCUUGCUGCCCUUUGUUUAUAUUGGAAAAUUUUGGCAAAGACCAUGAACUUUCAGGGUUUAAAGCCACUUAUAACAGCUUUAUCUCUGUAGAAACCUGUCAUUAAAGCUGUUGGUGGCAGGGCUUGAGCUAUCCCAGGAGAGGAUCCUUUUCCACCUUCUUUGCAUUUUGGAUUUUACCUUCUGUGACUGAAUUUCAUAGUAGGUGUGUUUUGCAACUUCUUUAUGAUCUCACUUCUUUGUGUUUUCCUGUCUAGCUCCUUUUUCUACGUAAGAAAAGAGGAACCCUUAUUUGAAAAAAAAUAAUUGAGCUUUUGGCAAGCCCGUCUUUGACUAUCGUACCAGGAAGUACUAAUUAUUUUUGUGCCCCUUCAAUUCAGAGAACUUCAGCAGGAUGACCAGUGCAUAACAAAAACUUGGUUGAUUCAUUCUAAGCUAUGCAGAGUUGCUUUAAAAUUGUCAGUUAAAGUGUCAAUAACAGUAAGAGAACAAGACUCAUGCAGAGCGAUUCAGAAGGGAUGGGCUAUAACAGGGUGGCAGGAGAGAAUGAUGUUUCAGUCACUAUCUAUAGCAAAUCCUGUAAAGUAAUACAAGCACCCCUGAUCUUCGUGCCCCCUGGAAGAACACUGAUAAGAUUGCAUAGCCAAACACUCUGUGGUUAGGAAAUGUCACCAUUAAGAAUGCCUUCUGAACUUUAAUUUGGCCCCUCACGUGACCACAUGAUGAUACUCUUUAAUUAUAUCAUCACUUAAAGUUUUUUCUGUCAGUGUCUCAUCUCUUGCAGUACAUACAAUGAACAGCUCUCAAUUCAUGAGCACUAGUUGAAUGUUUUGCUUCUUUCCUGACAGCUCCAUGUGCAGUCCCAUCUAUUAUUUGCUGUAAACUAUCCCAACCCAACAGAAUUCCUUAUUUUUCUCAUGGGUUUUCCUGUCACUGUUUUUACUGUAGUAUCUAAGUAUAUUAUAGUAUCUAGGUAUAUUUACAUACCACCCCUAUGAGAUGACAGGGUGUAGGACCCAUUUUGAGAAGGUGAAUGCAAAGCGCAGAGAUUAAGGUCAAAGUAAUGAAUUCUGAAUAUCUAAUCUGAGACGUCUAGGACUUGUUCCUGUACCCACCCCCCGAAUGCACAGUAUUCUGUAGCAUUUUGUUUGUUCACAGCACAAUACCCCUUUGCCUUUAGUUAUAGUUCUGAGUGCUCAACACUUCUGCAGAUCAGACCAUAGGGCCUCAAGUCGGGCACCACAGAAUGAGGAGCAAGCGAUCAGUGGUUGUCCAUGGAAGUUUGGUUCUAGUGAGUUGUCCAGCACAGCAUAGCCACUGUGGUAGAGACAGGGAUCCAGUCCAGUUCUUCAGGAGAGCAUUCAUUUGUCUUAACCAGAACACCAUGCUUUCUCUUGUAUUGCGCUGCCUCAUUCCAUUUUCCAACUUCUGUGACAAAUGAGACUGGGGGUCUACAGCUUCCUGUGACUGUACUGUCCUCAUUCAUCCCUACGUCAGGUCCAUGCUCUGCACUGGAAGAAGCAGUUGCCCUGUAAUUAUAGCCACAUCUUUGUACAUAUGCACAAGGGAACUGAAUUUGGGUUGCACUGGUGGCAUUUUCAAUUUUUUCCUUGCUUGGUUUUGCAGCCUUUAAUGUGCUUGCCAUGUCUUGCUUUUUGGAACUUUCUAGAUUUUCAAAAAAUAGACUGAAAAAACAGACAUGCUGCAGUGUGGCAUCAUCAUAGAUCUAUAGAGUUACUGGAAGGCAUUGGCAAUGUGUAGGGGGUGCACUUGCACCCCUUGAGCGUGAUGGUGUACCCCCUGGGAAAAGGCACUGCUGACACUGCUGGUGGCACCUGCGUGCGAUCACUGCUUGCCACCCCUCUCCCCCCCUCGCCGCUAACACUGCUGGUGACGUCUGCAGGUGGUCAGCAAUCGCCGCCGACUGCUGGCUGCAUCUGCAGGUGGUCACUGACAGCUGGUCGGUGCUUGCCAGCACCCCCACCAUGCCACCAACAGCGCUGUGGCUGCCUGUGGGAGCUCCCUUCUUAUUGCCACUGACAAAACUGCUGCCACCUGUGGGAGCUCGCCACGGGCCCCCCCCAGCCUUCAGGGGCGCACAGCAUUCAUGCUGGAAGGAACUCUGCAGGGUGCAGUAGUAGAGUACUUGAUAGCACUAGUGGGUUGCCCCCUUUUAUGUGGGCAAGCUUUUGGAGCAUGGUUGACACAUGCUUUGUUGGCAAGUACUUGUGAAACAAAUGACAGGGAGAGUGAGGCUUUGCAGGGGACUGCUCCAGGACUAGUCACAAACCUUCCUGUUCCCACUCAGCUUAGCUCCUUCUGCCGUGUCCUCAUCCUUUCACUUCCCUGCUUACAGUGCCAUUUUCCUCACCUCCCUCAUCUCGACUGUCUUGUUCAACAAAGCCCAGUCCCUGCCCCCGCUCCUUUCUCAUGUAAUCUCUUCCUGGAGUCCCUGAAUUUAAUUUGUUUUCUAGUUUUAUUCAUUUUCCACCUCUUCCUUGCCUACUUUGAAGAGCAUUAGUUAAUUUGAAGACAUUAUUAUUAUUAUGCCUGGAGACUACUAACAGACACAGUAUAAAGUCAAAAGAAAGUCCUUUUUAAUGCUGGUUUGGGAUUUAUUUUGUAGUGGAGCUAUUUUCCUGCCUGUAUAUGCAGUAUAAAUACAUUUUUCACAUUCUUGUUUUAUUUACCUGUUUUAGUUCUGAUGUAUGGAGUAGAAUUGCUCUUGGCAGCUAUUGUAUCCUGCUGUACAAUGUAAAUUUUUGUAUUGUAUCAAUACAAACAUAUGACACUCCCUA